GAUGAGAUUCUGACUAAAGGAGGAGAAGAAACCUGGACGCUUGUCAUUCUUAAUAAACACAUGCAGUUUGCCUCGGACACAGACUGAAGGCAGUGAAAUGUACUACUCGUUCCCCACCUCACCACACACGCACACACCCCGCACACAGUCUGGCUUGUUUUCUUCUGAGGGCAUUGAAGAAUUUGCAGACAGUAGCUUCAGCUGGAGCCCCUAAGCACAAUUUUUAUCAAGUUCCCACUCUCCCUGCUACUCAACAGCCUUCACUCCCCGAAUGCCUUCAUCAUGCAUUAGAGGGAGCCCCUCAUUUGUGGGCACUGUUCCCUCAUUCUCCUACUCUUAAGCUCCAGAGACUUUGUUUAAAUAGUACCACUUAGAGGCUGCUUGGUGGAAUGAAGAGAACACGGAACUUGGACUCACUACGUUACCUUGGACAAGUCCCUUCCCCUCUCUGGGCCUCAGUGUCCAAAUCUGUAGAAGGGGCUCAAGAGCAUUAUUUAAUUCCACUACAUGAAGCUGUUCUAGUAUAGGAGUGACCAUUGCAUUUGUGUCACCUCUGUUAUGUUCUCUUAAGAAAAAAGGCAGUAAGCAAACACAAACAGAAGGAAAGGAGAGCAAGAGAAGCAAGAAAAGGUGUCAAUAGUCACAAUUAUUUGACAGGAAACUGGUUCUGUGCAACCUUCCCACAUUUAGAUAAAUAUGCAGAGAGUCUCAUUUAAAAGAUGCUAUUCUUAGGCUCAGUGCACACGAAUGUAAAUAAGUACUAAGAGAAAAACUUAACUGUUAACCACACAGUUGAAAUACAAGUGAAAUAAACCACACAUAAAAAGCUUGCCCGUGUGAGCAAUACAUUUGUACGUUUUCAACUGCUCCUCUACAGAAACAAAUUUUCACAAAAUAUACCAUCGUUGCUACCUCUCUUUGGUGGAAAGUGGAGCCCAACAUAAUUUGAGGAAGGACUAUGGGUCUUUUGCUCUUCAAAGCAAAAUGAACCUGAAAUGACCAUAAUCUCAGCUGUGCUGCUUUUGAUGACACAGGAGCCCUAGUUAUUGGUAACAGUCUUGGUUUCCAUGGCAAGUGACGUUUCAAAAUAAGAACUUAAUCCUUUUGGCUCCCAACUAAAUCAGAGAACAUUCGCACCUUAAGGACUAGUUCAAUUUAUAGAUGGGAAAGCUAAGGCCCAGAGUGGUACAAUGAUGGGUCUCAAGUCCUAUGGCUCCUCUGAUUUUGGCAAAGCCAGAACUGGAAACUGCCACACCUGAUUUCAAGCUUAAUGCCCUUCCCACCAUAUCAUUUAGUUUAACUCAAUGGCUAUAUACUGAGGGGCUAUACCACACUAUCUCCUAUUAAUUGAUAUGUUUGUCUAUAGGUUUUCCUCUGUAAGUGCUUGGCAUUUAUUUCAUUCUGCCUCUUCAGCCUUUUAGUAAACGAUCCCUUUCCAUUUUCCGGUGUCUUCGUUUAUCAAUCUAAUGGGCCCUUUCUGCCAGUGUUGGAACAUUGGCAGAAGGAAUAAAUGAAGCAGAAUUCACCACAACCACAACUCAAAUAAUUUCCAGUUUCCCCAAAUUUCAGUUAGGGGUCACACAUUACUCCUAUACUGGUACCAUAGAUGCUUUAUAGUGGGAGGCUCAUGGUUUGGUGUGCAUUGCAAGCAGCUAAACCCAAUCUAACCCCAGACAGUUACAUGCCAAUAACCCUUGCUGGCCACUGUGCACUGUUGAUUUAAUCAGUAAAGUCCUGUGACCCUGGGGAGCCCAAAACUGCCCAUAUUCUAGAAUUUGGCGAACACGUCUGCUUGUACUCCAAGCCCUCUUCCGUCUUGGAUUGAAGGGCCUUAAUCUCAGUGUUCAAAUGGUGGUAACACUUAGCAACUUGUUAGUUCUCUGGGGCUUCAUCCGGCUUCUCUAACUGUUCCUGGCAUUUGACUAGCAGAAUAAGCUGUCCUGAAGGCCUACAGUGGAUCUGUCCCCUGGGAGGACCACACAUGUUGUUUUGUUUCCAGUGCCCACUGUGAUAUGAUGCCUAACAUUUUGUGUGACUAUGGCUCAUGGAGCUGCUGUCUUCAGAAAACAACAGAUCUCUUUCUGAGGGGCAAUUCCCAGUUCCUCAUCUAAAGUUAUUGAUGACAUUACCAUAUUUUUUCCUCCUAACUCGCCUAGGUUUUGAUGCGGUUUAGCAUUUCUAACUCAGCAUUUCCAAUCAGGAAACUCUCAUGAAUUUUAGUGACCUCGUAGAGCCCUCCCACCACCAGCUUUACUGGUGACCAUUUCAAGCAAGAACACAGCAUCUUGGGAUUUAAAGAAGCCUUAAAAUCCAUCUAGUCCAAUGCUAUUAUUAGGUUGCUGUACCAGUAAAGGUUUAGACACCUCUGGGGCAGAAAAUUUGUUACAUUCCAUUUUGGACAACUCUGACUACCAGAGAAUGUUCAGCAAAAAUAUGCUUUCUCAUACUUUACACCUAGUGGAUCUAGUUCUCCCUGCUUGGGACCACUGGAAACAUGCAUCGUCCAUCUUUUAUAUGCAGCUCUAAGGUCAAGUAUUUGAAGACCACUACGAAGUCCUCUCCCUGUCUUCUGCCUUAGCCUGUGUCUUCCCUUCCUCAAGCCGAGCAUUCUCAGUUCCUAUGGAGCAGUCCUAUCAAAAUGAAUUUGAUUUUAAAACAUCCUUUGGUAUAGAAUCUCAUCAAAAGCUUCCCACCACGAUUUCCUUCAUUCAGUCAUUCAGCAUUAACGUCAGUCAUUGCACUUCAUGAUAGAAAUGCAGCAUUGAAAUCAAUGCACUAUGACCUGAAAUAGCUCACGGUUCAGUAAAGAGGAAGAGACAUAAAGGAAGCAUAGCAAGCAUCAUAGCACAGAUGUCCUUGGAGCAGUGGUGACACAAGAAGGGAAUGAAUGGGAAUCAGGACACAGUUGCACAGAGGAAAUACUCAAACAAGAUCUUGAAGAAAGAGUAGGAAUUCACCAGGAAGAAGAGGGGAAGGGUACCCUACACAGAAGCACGUUUCUUCUUGGAUUCCCUGCCUCGGAGGACCGCAAGGAGUUUGGGGUGGUCUGAGAGGGAGGCUCAAGAUGAAGAACGGAGAUAUGAGGAGCUCUAGUGAAGGCUCAGGACCUUGUACAUAGUACGGUUCACCCCACAUUCAACAAAAACCCAUCAAGUACAGAAACCAUUUGUUUGGUUUGAUACCCAUGAUGCAAACUAAGAAUAAGAGGCUCUUUCGACUGAUGAGUGGUGAUUUUUGUUUGGGGGUAAUAUGUAAACGAGGCGCCGUCUCCACAACUAACGGCCUGUGGGUCUAGUCGGGGUUGACAGGUCAGGUGGGCUUUUGCAUAUUUCAGAAGGGCUGGUGACUCUCUGCUUUUGAAUUACGCGGCUGAGUGAUCCAAAUAGCAACAUCAGAAGUGGAGAAGAAGCACAGAUGCCCCCCAACUUGUGUCCCUCAGAUUCUCCUCAAUGUGUGGGGACAAAGAAACGCCAGGGGAGCAGGGCCCACUGUUCUGAGCCUUUACGGACCCACUUCUCCCUCUGUGCCCAAGCCUGUGUGUCCGGGACUAGAGACAGGUUGGAUCUGGCCCUUCUUUUGGAGCACUUCUCCUUCUCUCCACCCACCCUGCCACCCGCAGAUGCCCCAUGAGGUGGAGCUUCUCGUAGCCCCCAGUAGGGGUGUCUUCCUGAUUGAAGUGUUGGGUGGGCUGGUGAGGAAGAUCCAGAGACCCUAGUUGUUGCACCUCUCCUCCCCCACUCAGGGCAACUCCAGGGGGCCCCAGGAGUAUCAAAUAUUCCAUCCAGCUCCCAGACACUUGCUGAGACCUCCUGGGACUCGACAUCACUGGCAAAGGAGUUCAAGGGUUACCUGAUGGGGGCGCCGAUGUCUCCCAAAGCAGCAAAGCUAUAUAACUUCACCUUCAAGGGUCUGGUCACUAGAGGUUUAUUCUCUUUUCAGAGUGAGUUGCCUUAAAGAUCUCAGUCUUUUCAGUUUAAAGUUCUACGGAUACAACUACUGUUGAAAACCAAUACUCAAACAUGGAUUUUUGUCAUAUUUAAACCAAUGUGUAGUGAAUUCGCUGUUGUGAUGGAUUUGAAAAUAAAUUAGAAUGGCCACCGCCCUUUAGAAGCUUGGAAUCUACCUGGGGAGACAAAGUGCUGACGCUCUAAGUGGACAAAAGCAGGUGAUACACACAGGAAAUGGCAGAAACUGAAGAUUGUGUGGGUCAGGAGCCACAUCCAGAACCAAUGAAAAAAAGAAGACGGUCAGAUCGAGACCAGCGGUUCCGAGCGUUUCCCUCUGUGGAACAAAGCACCCUUAAGGAAUAUGAAAAACUGGAGUCACGGACGAGAAGGGUUUUGAGCAACACUUACCAGAAACUCAUUCAGUCUGUGUUCCUGGAUGACAGCAUCCCUAAUGGUGUCAAGUACCUCAUAAAUAGGCUUCUUGCCUUGAUUGAAAAACCAUCACUGGACCCAAUCUACAUCGGAUUCUUUGGAAGCACUGGGGCUGGGAAGAGCUCCCUGAUCAAUGCCAUCAUCCAGCAAGCCAUGUUUCUGCCAGUGUCUGGAGAAAGUAUAUGUACAUCAUGUAUUGUUCAAGUGAGUUCAGGCUGCUGCGAGCAGUAUGAAGCCAAAAUCCACCUACUCUCCAACCAGGAGUGGAAGCAGGAGCUGAAGAACUUGACGAAACUCCUGCACAGGCCUGAGCAGCUGGGCAGAGAAGAAGAGGAUGCCUGGGACAGGGACGAUGCAGUGGAGGAAGCCAUUUGGAAGCUACAAAUGGUUUAUGGAAACGGGGUGGAAAGGAAGAGCUAUGAGGAGUUACUAAGGGCAAAGCCCAAAGGAAAGAUCCCCACCUCCAGAGUCAUCACCCUCAAGGCGGAAGAGGCAGGAGAGCUGUCUCUCAAGCUGGACCCCUACAUCCGGACUCAGAGGAGAGGCUGGGAUGAAGGAUCAGCUGAGACACAAAUCUGGCCCUUGAUCAAACUGGUGGAAGUGACUCUUCCCAAAUCGGAGCUGAUUCCAGAAGGCAUUGUGCUGGUGGACAUUCCAGGCACAGGCGACUUCAACAGCAAGAGGGACGAGAUGUGGAGAAAGACCAUUGAUAAAUGCUCAGUGAUCUGGCUGAUCAGUGACAUCGAAAGAGUUUCUGGAGGGAGAGCCCAUGAAGACCUUCUGAACGAGAGCAUCAAAGCCUGCCAAAGGGGGUUCUGCAGGGACAUGGCCCUGGUGGUCACCAAGACCGACAAGCUACACUUGCCGGAAUACCUAAGGGAAAGAAAAGUGGGAAGUCAAGCUAUUCAAAGUCAGCGAGAGGCUGUUUUAGAAAGAAAUGAAAUGAUAAAGCUACAAAGGAAUAAAGUUCUCAAGGAAAAACUAAAGAGGAAGCUGCCAACUGACUCCAGGGUUCUGGAAGACUCAGAGCUGGUGUACACGGUCAGCGCCCAGGAGUACUGGCAGCAGGCUCUCCUCACCGAGGAGGAAACCGAAAUCCCCAAGUUAAGAGAAUAUAUCAGGAGAAGGCUCUUGGAUAAGAAGAGGAGGAUGGUGACCAAGUAUGUCACUGAAGCUUUUGGCCUGUUUCUGCUCACGGACAGUUUCAGCUGCACGGACAACCUGCAGAACGAACACUUGCACGUGAGUGGCCUGCGGAGAUUUGUGGAAGAGAAGAUACAGCUGCUGGAGAAGGCCAUCGACCAGUGCUUUGCCCACAUAGUGCAGCCUCUGCAAGAAGGGGUCCAAAAUGCCAGGAGUUCCUACCGACAGAUCCUUGGGGUGUGCCUGGUGAGGAGUAGAGGAAACCAGGGUUUUCACCAGACUCUGAAAGCGGUUUGCCUGAAAAACGGUAUCUAUGCCUCCAGGACUCUUGGGAGAAUAGAUCUGAACGAAGCCAUCACGCAGCCCAUCUAUGAACAGAUUGAUCCUGUUUUUGGAGGCAUUUUUAGGUCUGGGAAGCCCAGUGAUGGCUCAGCUCUGAUGCCCCACAUAGAUGCUUUUAAGCGCUCUCUGCAGGAGAAGAUGACGGAAAUUGGGAUAAGAAAUGGCUGGAAAUAUGAUAGCUAUAAAAAGAGUUUCCUGAUCCAGGAGAUAAGCGCCAUCCUGGGAGGCCUGGAGGGACACAUCCUCAGAAAGAAGAGGAGGAUUUAUGAGUCUCUCAGCACCUCUGUUCAGAACGACCUGAAGCCCUGUUACGAAGAGGCAGCUCAGAUCACGGGCAAAAAAGCAUGUGAAAGAAUGAAAGAUGUCCUCAGAAGAGGGCUGGACCAGCAGGUGGACGAGGGCAUGUUCGAACGGGCUCAAGAAAGGAUGCAGCACCAAUUUCACCAGCUGAAGAUGAGAAAACGGAGGCAAAGAGAGGUAUAUCAAGAGGUCACACAGCUAAAUGGAAUCACGGAGAAGGUGAAGGGCAGCGUCACCACCAUGCUGACCCUUGCUUCGUCCCAGGGGGAUGGGCUCUACAAGGAGCUUGCAGACGUCAAAAGUGAAUGCAAGGAGAUGGAGAAGCUGCACAGGAGCCUGAGGGAGGUUGCUGAGAAUGCACUGCUGCGUAGGGGCAUGCAAGAUUUCCUUCUGAGAAUGUCCCCCAGCAAAUCUGGCCCCCCCAAAACAUGGAUUUAAUUCUUGGGGCUUAGCACCAUGGAAUACAAACCUGGAGGCAAAUAAUCAGAUUUACUACUGUUUGUUAAAACCUAAUAAAGAACACCUCCCAAUUUGGGGGGCUUUAUAGACAACUCAGUAUAUUGUUACUUCUGUC